AUGUUAUAUGGCGGAUCCAAUCGAAGUCAACGGUUGAGAUUCAUCUUUGGUAUUUGCAUUGCAGUUGUGGCACUGUUCAAUGCCUACAUUGCGACCUACCACCAUCAACAUAUUGUGGAGAAAGUGACAACUGAUCCUCUCACGACUCCCUUCCUUUCAGGUAGUGGAAGGAAUCAAGACUUUAGUCCUUCUUCAACGGCAUCAAGAGCUUCAUCAGCAACAUUAUCUCACUCGUUGAUCUCUUCGACACCCCAUCAGAAACUGGACCGCACCAAACCUCGCCGUGUACUAUUUGUACAUAUUGGCAAGACUGGGGGAGAAACCAUUCGACAGACCUUGCGUGUGGCAUGCCGCAUGCGACAAAAUCCAUCCUUACAAGAAAGCUGUCUGCAAAAGUUUAAGAAUGACCCAAGCCUUGGAAAAACACCAUUGAAUCAACAAACGAUUGGAACAAUCCAUUGCCUUUUGAUGGUCCCAGCAAAUGCGUUAUCCAAGGCAUCAACUCUUUUGGUCAGUGUUCGCAAUCCGAUCGAACGAGUGAUAUCAUGGUUCCGGUACCUUCAUCCGGGCAACUGCAAUCCUCUUGUGGACAAACAGUCCACUGCCUGCAAUGUCAAGAAGGCGUUGAGAAGGGAGAGAAAAGAGGCUCGAAAGAGACAGAAAAGAGGUACAAAAGGGGGUGACAAACCAUCAUCGUGGAUUACAAGAUUCUUUCAAUGUUUUGAUUCGCUACCACAAGUUGGACUAGCGCUGAAACGAGACGAUGCAUCGUUGGCAGCAGCCAACAACUGCUCGGCACUGGCCCAAAAGACUAUUCGAGGAGCAGCUUCGCCCAUCUCUAGUCACAUAUAUUUCAACUAUGAAUACUAUUGGAACCAAACAUUGGCAUUAGGUCCAGAACUUGAGACCAUGGUUGUCCGAACCGAAUAUUUGUGGGAAGAUUUGGACCACGUGCAAUCUCUGUUGCACGAUGACGGUGCAGAGAAUGCCACUACCACUCAGUACAAUCUUCCCCCGCGAAAUAACCAUACGCAUGGCAGUGAGAGUCAUCGACACGUCGACUCCAUCUCAGGACCAGCUCUUCAAUACCUUUGCUGUGCGCUUAGUCGAGAAAUAUAUUUUUAUGUCGGAUGGAUCCAUCGGGCAGUCAAUCUGGACGUAGUGCACAAACAACAGGCUUUGGAUGGGGUGACCAAGUACUGCAAUAAUAAGGCUUCCGCCAACCGUGACGAUUUCCUGGUGUGGGCAACCACGGAUCUAGCUACAAUGGAAUCCAUGCUAUGCACAUAA